CCAAAGUAACGUAUUGAGGCAAGAGUCAUCGCGCAUCUGGGAACACGGCCGUAAACAAACAUGGCGGUGGGGGAAGCCGAGGACCAGGCCGGGCGGAGGCAAGGCGACAACGUGCGCGAGGCCAGCCCCGACAUGGACUCUGACAGCAGUUCAGGCUCAAGCAGCAGCAGCAGCAGCAGCAGUAGGGCCAGCAGCAGGGCUGGUAGCAGGUCUCCAUCAGGCCAGCGCUCACCCUCCCCAGCUGGCAGCCAUGGCGGCCGUUCUCCAGUGCACAGUCGGGGCAGCGGCUCACCCCCGGGGAGCCCCCAGAGCCGGGGCAGCAUGAGCCCCCAGCCCGGCGGAGGCUCUCCACAGGGCCAGCCCUACAGCCCGGGCAGCAGGAGCAGGAGUGGCUCCAGGGGCAGCAGGAGCCCCAGCAGGUCCAUCACGCCAGAGGGCAGCAGGACAGGCACGGGCACUCCCCUCAGAAGCAGGUCCCCCUCCCCUGGCUACCAGGCCAGUAGCAUGACCCCUGGUGGCAGGGAGGGCAGCAGGUCACCCAUGAGGGAGGGAAGCAGGUCGCCCAUGAGGGAGGGUAGCAGGUCGCCCAUGAGGGAGGGUAGCAGGUCACCCAUGAGGGAGGGAAGCAGGUCACCCAUGAGGGAAGGAAGCAGGUCGCCCAUGAGGGAGGGCAGCAGGUCACCCAUGAGAGGGGGCAGCAGGUCUCCCAUGAGGGAGGGAAGCAGGUCACCGGCCAGGGAGGUCAGCAGGUCACCAGUCAGGGAGCAGAGCCGCUCCCCUGCCAGGUCACGCAGCGGCAGCAGGUCGCCACCACGCUCCCGCUCACCCAGCAGGUCACCCGUCAGGUCAAGGACCCACAGCAGGUCUCCAGCCAGGUCAAGAAGUGGCAGCAGGUCACCAGUCAGGUCCAGGACUGGGAGUAGGUCACCUGUACGGUCAAGGACCGGCAGCAGGUCACCCGUCAGGUCGAGAACUGGCAGCAGAUCGCCUAUGCGUUCAAGGACAGGAAGCAGGUCGCCAAUCGGGUCAAAGACUGGCAGCCCCUCACCACCUAGGUCACGAGCCGCCAGCAGGUCACCGGCCAGGUCCAGGACAGGCAGCAGGUCACCCGUGCGGUCGAGGGGCAGCAGGAGCCCCACCAAGUCCCGAAGCGGCAGCAGGUCGCCCAGCAGGAAGUCCCCGGCGGGCAGCAGGAAGUCUGGGUCACGCUCACGCUCAAGGUCACCGGCAGGCAGCGACGCCGAGGCCAAGAAAGACAUGGUGAACGGGGAGGACAGAAAGGCCUUAACAGAUGAUGACAGCGAUGUAGAGAUUGGCAGGAAGCGUAACCGUGCCGUGAUGAGCGACGACUCAGACGACGAGCCGCGGAAGAGGGCCAAGUCAGACGACGAUGACGAGGACAUGAACGUCGGGGCGGCAGACCUCUUCGGAGAUGCAGACGACAUCAGUGAGGAUGAGGAUGAGGCGGCCAAGGCUAAGGAGCGGAGGUCAAGAUCACGCUCCAGGUCAAGGUCACCGAGGUCCAGAUCAAGGUCGCCAAGGUCCAGAUCAAGGUCACCCAGGUCACGUUCAAGGUCACGAUCACGCUCUGGGUCACCCAAGCCAACGCAGGAGGAGGAGGACAAGGAGGACGAGGGGCCACCGCAGGAGACCCGCAUCGAGGCCGAGAUCCCCAAGAUUAACACAGACUUGGGCCGGGACAUCCACUUCAUCAAGCUGCCGAACUUCCUCUCCAUUGAGACGCGACCCUUCGAUGCCGAGAACUAUGAGGACGAGAUUGACGACGAGGAGACGCUUGACGAGGAGGGCAGGGCAAGACUCAAGCUGAAGGUGGAGAACACAAUGCGGUGGAGGACGGUGUUUGACAAGGAGGGCGACGCGGUGAAGGAGAGCAACGCCAAGCUGGUCAGGUGGUCGGACGGAACCUUCUCCCUCCACCUCGGCUCGGAGAUAUUCGACGUGUACCAACAGCCCCUACAGGGCGACCACAACCAUCUGUUCAUCCGCCAAGGCACGGGUCUGCAGGGCCAGGCAGUGUUCCGCACCAAGCUCACCUUCCGCCCACACUCCACCGACUCCUCCACCCAUCGCAAAAUGACCCUUUCCCUCGCCGACCGCUCGCAGAAGACCAGCGCUGUGAAGGUGCUGUCCAAUGUGACCCGAGACCCGGAGAGCAGCAGGGCGGAGAGCAUCAGGAGGGACGAGGACCGGCUGAAGGCGUGCAUGAGGCGAGAGAGCAAGCAGCGGCGGGUGAAGGAGAAGGCAUCCAGCCGGGGGCUCUCCGCCGGCUACCUGGAGCCCGAUAACUAUGAUGAUGAUGAGGAGGGCGGCAUCUCCAUCGCAGCCAUCAAGAAUAAGUUCAAGAAGCAGAAGAAUGAACGUGCUCCAAUCUACUCAUCGGACGAAGAAUCUGACAUUGAGACAGACAAGGCCAAGCGACUGGAGCGUGCCAAGAACAACAUCAAGGACUCCGAGGAAGAGGACACGGGGAGCGGCACCGAGACUGAGGAGGACGAGGAGGAGGAGGAGGACGAGGACGAGGAGAGUGGGAGCGAGGGGCGGAAGAGCAGGAGCAAGAGUAGGAGCAAGAGCAGGAGCAAGAGUAGGAGCAAAAGCAGGAGUAAGAGCAGGAGCAAGAGUAGGAGUAAAAGCAGGAGUAGGAGUAGGAGCAAGAGUGGUAGUCGCAGUCGCAGCAGGAGUGCCAGCAGGAGCAGGAGCCGUAGCAAGAGUGGCAGCAGGAGCCGGAGUAGCAGUAAGAGUGCCAGUAGGAGUAGAAGCAGGAGCAGGAGCAGGAGUGGCAGCAGGAGUGGUGGUGGUGGUGGUGGUGGUGGGAGUGGGAGUGAAAGUGAGGGAGGAGGAGGAGGAAAGUCUGGCUCUGGUUCUGAUAGUGAGUGAGAAAGGGAGUGAGGAAUAUGAGUAAAGUAAGGAGGGUGAGGGAGGGAGUAACAUGAGUGAUAGUGAGUGAAAAAGUAGAGACCGAUGAGGAAUGAGAAUGGUGAGUGUAGUGAGGGAGUAAGGAAGAUGAGGGAGGGAGAAACAUGAGUGAUAGUGAGUAUGGAAGCAGAUGAGAAAUGAGGAAGGGAAGUGAGUGAGAAAUGAGUAAUGGUGUGAAAGGUGAUGCAGGAAAUGAGAAAUGAGGAAGGGAAGUGAGUGAUGGUGUGAAAGGUGACGCAGGAAAUGAGAAAUGUGAAAAUGAAAAUAAAAAGUGUGUAGAAUAAUUGUGUUUGAGUAACUGUAAUAUAAAUAUGGAACAAGAAAUUGGAGAAACGAGGACAUUUGAAAACGUGUGAAGGCAAGGAAAGUGAGGCAGGAAAUUAGAUUCUUAUAAAUGAGUACGAUGAGGUUGGAAUAUGAGUGUGAUGAUGAGAAAGCUAAAUGAAUGAGAAGGAGGAAGUAGAAAAAGUGAGAGAGGACUGGAAUAUAUACAACCCCAGUGAUGAAGAGGAGGAGGAGAAUAAAUAAAAUAUGUAAAAAAAAGUAUAUAGUGUGAAUGAUGAUAAUGUUAAGAAAAAUAAAUAUGUAAGAAAAUAUAGUAUGAAUGAGGGCAGACUUGAGGAAAAUAUAACAGUGAAGAAAAAGAAAGAAAAACAUGAUCAGGUGAAAAAUAAGACUUGGCAAGGACACAUGAGGAUACAAGAUGAGAUACACUAAGAGAGAGAGAGAGAGAGAGAGAGAGAGAGAGAGAUGGCAGGAAGAAAGGAAAAAGAGGAAAGAGAAAAAGAAAAGAUGGAAAAAAAUAAAUGCAGUGAAAGAAACUCAGCAUACAUAAAAUAAAGUUGAUGCAAGAAAAGAAAAAGUUAAUAUAAGCGAAAAAAAUAUGAGAAAAUUAAAAAAAGACGAUAAUGGUAGAAAAUUAAGCAUAAGAAAAUAAAGUUAAUGGAAGAAAAGAAUAAAAAAGUGAUGAUAAUUGUAGAGAAAGUGAUGAAAAUGAAAGAAAGAAAAAAUGGAAGUAGAGGAAAAGUGAUGAAGGUGAAAGAAAAUAUGGAAGUCGAGAAAAGUGAUGAUAAUUGCCGAGAAAUUGAUGAUAAUUGCAGGAAAAGUGAUGAAAGUGAAAAAGAAUUAAUGGGAGUGAAGAAAAAGUGAUGAUAAUUGCAGAGAAAGUGAUGAAAGUGAAAGUAGAAUUAAGUAGGAAAUUCUAAGGGGAUAGAUUAUACAUAUUUUUGUCUUCUCUCCCAUCUCCCUACUGUUUGUUUUUUUUCCCUUGAAGUUUUUAGAUCAUAAUUAAAUAGUGCUGAAUUUGUAUAAAACUCAUAUGACACUACAGUUAAUUUCUCAUAUUUGCUGUAUUAAAUAAUUGUAGGGUCAUUGUUUUGUAUGAUCUGCCUGUAUUUAGUGACCUGCAGAAUAAAACAAUGUAUUUUUAA